AUGAAGGGCUUUUUUAUGUUAUUAGUUUGUGCUGCACACAUUGCUAUGGCUACAGAAGUGUAUCCAGAGAAGCUUGAAACAACGCUAGGCAACAACAAAUAUUUCAAAAACAUCAAGUUUACGUUUCGAAAGAGUAGUCGGAACAGUCCUUACUACAUCACCUUUGAUUACCAUUCAACUUGUGGAUACGGGAAUAACGUUUCGAUGAAAUGGGUACUGUUCGAGUUUAUAAGUGGCCGUUAUGUGGAAAUACCAGUGCGGUUCGAAUAUAAACUCUGUGACUUUUUUGAUAAGGAUCCCUUCUUUGGACAGAUGUACGCUAAACAAUUGCCUAGAAACUGGACUUGUCCUUUUCCUGCAGGUCGCAGUCCCUUCAGAAAACUAAUAAUGCACCUAGAAAAUUUGCCAAGAAUACCAUUUACAUACGAAUCUCUAAUAGUUCGGACUAGAGUGAACCUGCUACUCUGGAUCGGCAAUCCUGCAGAACUGAUCGCUUCAAUAAAAGUCUACACGACCGUCAAACAAACGAUGAAGAAGAUCGACAUGAGAGCUUGGGACGGAACUAUAUUGGCCAAUCAUACGUUUGCAUGA